CAGGCUUGCUGCGCAGUACCUUGACAUGCAGACAAGCCUUAAGAUCAGGGCUCCAUUGUGCUAGGUACUUUGCAAAUACAGAGUUAGAGACGGUUCCUGCUCUGAAGAUCAAAAUAGAUAAAACUCGGGAGGGGGAAAAGUGGCAUGUUUUACUUAAGAUCGUGCAGCAGAUCUAUGGUAGUGCGUGUCCCAGUCACUAGAUCACGCUGGACUUCUAGGAAAAGGAGGGCCCACAUUCAUGUCAUGUAUAGGAUAUUUUGGGUGGGCUCUUAAGAAACUAGAUUGUGUCACAAAGCAGUCUUGCAUUCAGGUUUCAGUCUGCGUAGUGAAACACAAUAAAGGCACGUAACACUAGCCCAUGUGAUCAUCGCGACGCUGGUAGGCUUAUUUGCCCACAACAGUUUUUUUGCCGAGGUCAAAUAUCCUGGGAUCAGUUCACCCAGAUGUUCCUGAUUUCAUGUCAAAAGGCCACCUGACCUGUUGAAACCCCGUGAGACAGACCAACGGCCUAUUGAUGGGCUGUGAUGUACAGGGCAACACUGGGAUUUCUCCUGUCCUCGCCAGCCCAGAAGGAGUAGCUUUUCUAACCUGCAAGACUCCAGCAUGGUAGAUUCCCCAGAUACCUCAGUGGGUGGAGAUCACUAGAACUAUUCUGAUGUAGUGUGGUUGCAGGGCCCAGUGAGUGACUUGUGCUAAAAGCAGAACACCCCUUGCCAUGAGCACACACAUCAUCAAUUGAAUGUAAUAUCCUGGCAAAAAUAUGUGUGAGCCAGUUCCCUGCGCAACCCACUAAUGGGUCCAUGGUGGAGAUGAGGCACUGGAUGGGGUAGAUCAAUGCUCCAAGGUGGGCCAGAGAAUCCUCUUGCUAGAUGCCUGGCUGGUGGGUUUGGCUCACAUGCUCAGGGGCAUAUUGAUAACACAUUUGGGGUUGGGAAGGCAUUUUCCCCCAGGCCAACCUGACCUGGAGUGUUGGGGGUUUUGACCUUCCUCUGCAGCAUGGGGUGUGGAUUGAUUGCUAGGCUCAUCAAUGCAUAUCUCACUGAAUCAAUUCCCUGCCAUUGCAGGGGUCUUGGGCAGUGGUGUCACCUCUGUCUCUCUUGUUCUCUGCUUGCCAGCUAGUGAAUGACCUUGUCUUUUCUAGCCGAGGCUGAAAGGGGGAUGCUAGAUUGCAGACACUACACAUUUGAUUAGAAUGGUUUGUAAUGAAAUGCCUCAUAUCUCUGCAAACCUAGGUAUGUUCUCCAGCUAGCAUGCGUCCAUCCUCUUAAAUAUGACUGAGACAUGAAAAUGGAGAUUCACAUCUUAACUAAGCAAACCCACAACCUCUUUUCAUUGCUAUAGUUCAGACCGCUUCCCUCUCUUCCCCUGGAUUAAGAAACUGAUUUUGGAGAAUGUUAAUCAACAUUUUUUUCCAAGCAGAAAGUUGAUUUAUGGGGCAAUCCUGGGAUGUGUUGUGUUUUUUGUUUGUUUGUUUUGUCUUCUGAAUUGUGAAAGGCAGGGUAUUUCUUCUGAAUUCACUAAACCAACACUUGCCAACAGGCUUUAAAAAGUCAGUGAUCUGGAUAUAGGAAGGGUCUCACCCUAGGGCAAAAUAAGUCAAGGAAUUUAGAAUGCUGUGUCAUCGAAGUAAGACUCUGGAUAAUCUAUUCUGGGUUGGUACAAGAAAAACACAAGUAAUUUGAGGCAAACACAAGUUCCCAAAGACAACAGUACUAGUGCAGGUUUCUUAGCUCUUUGGAGCGUGUUUCAGGGAAGGUCAGUUUUUUGGCAAAGGGAAGAAGUGAUGGCUCAUCUAAGCCCAGGAAUACAAAAAAUGACACCUUUCUCCACUCUCCUGUUACCUAGCCAACUCCUGAACAGAUUAAAAAGGAAGAGAUUUUCACUGUCCGUAGAGGGACUCAACUGCUUUUGCCCUGGGACUUUCCUCUGGUAGCUCCCCCAUCAAGGUCUCCUUCUCUCUUCUCUUCUGCUGCAGGGGAGCUGCCGCUAUGUCUCGCCAAUUUUCUGGCCAAAGCCUGGGAGGCAGCCUUAGGGGUUUCAGCUCCAGCUCUGCCUGGGUUAGUGGUGGGAGGAAUAAAGUCAGCUUCAGCACAGUGUCACACGGAGGAUGCACAGGGUCAGCCUGGAGUCCCAGAGGCUUUGGCAGUAGGAGCCUGCAUAACUUGGGAGGAAAUAAAAGGAUUUCCAUUGGUGGAUUUGGUGGCACUUGUGGAGGGUUUGGGGCUGGCGGCCAAGUGGGUGAAGGGUUUGGCGGUGGUGCUGGGUUUGGGGGACAGUUCAGUGGUGGGCUCGGUGGUUGCUUUGGUGGUGGGGCUGGAGGAGGAUUUGGUGGUGGAUGGGAUGGUCCUGGAUUUCCUAUUUGCCCACCUGGUGGCAUCCAAGAAGUGAUCAUCAACCAGAACCUCCUGACUCCUCUCAACUUGCAGAUUGACCCAGAGAUCCAGAAAGUGCAGGAAGAGGAAAGGGAGCAGAUGAAGACCCUGAACAACAAUGCCUCCGUCAUUGACAAGGUCCGAUUUCUAGAACAGCAGAAUAAAGUUCUGGAGACAAAAUGGAAACUCUUGCAGGAACAGGGCCAAGGACCCAUUAAAAAGAACCUUGAUCAGCUCUUUGAGGCUUAUAUCAAUGGUUUGAGAAAGCAGCUAGAUGGCCUGUUAAAUGAGAGGAGACAGCUGGAUACUGAGCAGAAGAACUUCCAAGAUCUGGUGGAGGAUUUUAAGAACAAGUAUGAAGAGGAAAUAAACAAGAGGACAGCUGUGGAGAAUGACUUUGUGGGCCUGAAAAAGGUGAGCCAACCAGCCGGCCCACGUUUAUGGGACUUGCAGGAACUGUCUCAGAUGCAGCAGACCGUUUCCGACACCUCCGUGAUCCUGUCUAUGGACAACAACCGAAACCUAGCCUUGGACAGCAUCAUCCGGGAGGUCAAAGCACGGUACAAGGAGAUUGCUCAGAGGAGCCGAGAGGAGGCAGAGUCUUGCUACCAGUGCAAGUUUGAAGAGCUGCAGGUGACAGCUGGGAAACACGGAGACAGUCUACGAGACAGCAAGAGUGAGAUCUCAGAGCUUAACUGGAUGAUCCAAAGGCUAUGGGCUGAAAUAGAAAAUGUGAAGAAGCAGAUAUGUCUUUUUUUCAUGCCCUGUGAAAAGCUGCAGACCUCCAUUGCUGAGGCCGAGCAGCAAGGUGAACUGGUCCUCAAAGACACCAAGGGCUAACUAGCUGAGCUGGAGGGUGCCCUGCAGAAGUCCAAGGCAGACUUGACGCAUCAGCUGCGGGAGUACCAGGAGCUGAUGAACGUCAAGCUGGAUAUUGAGAUCGCCACCUACAGGAAGCUGCUGGAAGGAGAAAAAUGCAGGAUGUCUGGAGAAUGACAAAGUACUGUGAGUAUCGCCAUGGUGGGUGGCAGCUUAGCCUCUGGAGGUGGACUUGGAGGUGGGAUUUGCCUUGGAGGAGGAGGAGGCCACUGUGGUGGAAUAGGUUUCAGUUCCAGAAGUGGAAGAGGUGGAUAUACCUUAGGUGGAGGAUCCACCUCCGGAGGAGGAUAUAAUGGAGGCAGGGGAGGGUACAGAUCAGGAGGCAGGUCCAGCACCAUUGCGAAAACAACCAUCACUUCCACGCCGGUGAAUUCGACAAGCAGGAGAGACUAGAAGAUGGUAGCCUUCUCUUAUCAUCUAAUGGCUGCAGCUCAGCCCCUCCACCCAUCCCUGACAACCAAAAGAGAAAUGAAUGGUGUCCGUUACAGCUCGAUAACCUGUUAUGUAUUGCCUCAAAGGGACCAACUGUCAUGGUGACAACUGUCACCCAACCAGUUGUCAUGGUAGUGACACCUACUCUCCUUCUAGGUUUAAGCCAGGUACCAUAAUCUAGUUAAAACCACACCAUGAAAUAAACUAUGGCGGAUAAUGGUCAAGAGUUUGAAAAGUGGCUAUCAAUAUGGGGUACCUUCAAUUCUGAAUGACCAGCUUGAAAUACUGAAAAUGGGCUGAUUUAGAGAAAGAAGAGAGGACACACCCUCUAGAAAUCAGGCCCUUUUAAGGUGACUCCAGUGAAGCAUCAAAAACUGCAGCACACAAAAUCUCUCAUCACUUUUGAAAACCUUGGCCAACCAGACAAAACAUACAUGUCUAGCUUAACUCCAUAGACUUCAGAAAGAUCAUACCAGAAACAGAUUUGAGCCCAAAAGAAUGAUAUUCCAUCAGCAACUUGUAGGGAAAAAAUUCUUAUGCAGUAACAUUCAGAAAAUUAAACACUUGUGCAUAUGUCAAGAAAAUGACUUUAACCCAUAAAAUAAAUUAAAUGGAUUUACUAUGUUAAAAAUUUGGGCUGGAUCCUGGUAUAAAUUGGUGCAGCUUCACUGAAGUCAGUGAUUUACACUAACUAAGGAUUUAGCCCCUUUUUGAGUAAGGGCUUGUCUAUACUUGCAGCUAAAUCAGCACUGCUGUGAUCGAUACAGCGGUGUCAAUUUAGCAGGUCUGGUGAAGACCGGUUAAGUCAAUGGCAGAGCAUUCUCCAGACGACUUCUGUACUCCACCUCCCCGAGAAGCAGAAGGUAAGUCAG